CGCUUCCAGCUCGCGGUGGCGCUGUGUGGGGUUCACAGUUGACCGUGGGGGUUCUCGCUUGCUCCCUAGUUCUGGAAGUCCGGGCGCACCUCCCGGAGGCAUGAGGCGACAAUGGGAGCCUGCCAUGAGGGUAGCCGAGCAGGCGGGCUGUGUGGUGAGCGCCUCUCGGGCCGGGCAACCCGAGGCGGGCUUGUGGAGCUGCAGUGGGGUGAUCCUGAGCCGAAGCCCGGGCCUGGUGCUUUGCCAUGGCGGCAUCUUCACCCCUUUUCUGCGGGCUGGCAGCAGGGUGCUGACUGAGGCCGGUGCCAGCUUCCUGCCCGGCGACAGUUGCGGCGAUGACCUGCGCCUGCACGUGCAGUGGGGCCCAACGGCCGCGAGUCCCUUAGGCCGCGUCGAGCGGGGCCGCCCGGGGUUGUGCACGCCCCAGUGCGCCGGCCUGGAGCCCAGUCCCCCAGCCCGGCACCGCGGCCCGCCCCUGGAGCCCCCGCACCCUGCUGAGCUGCUGCUGUUGCUGAGCUGCCCGGACUUCCGGGCGCACUUCGCGAGCCUCUUCGGGAGCGAGGCGGCCGAGCAGUGGCGCUUCGCAAGCGCUGCACGGGAGGAAGAAGUGUCGGAGGACGAGGAGGAGGAUCAGCUGAGAGCGCUGAGCUGGUUCGCGCUGCUGCGUGUGAGGCACGGCCUGGAGGAGGAGGCAGACCUGCGCGGGCCAGCAUUGGCCGUGGUGCCUCUCGGGACCGUGCCCAAGGGCACUCCGCUGCUGGCCUGUGGCUCCCCGUUUGGGUCCUUCUGCCCUGACAUCUUUCUCAAUACGCUCAGCCGCGGUGUGCUCAGCAACACUGCGGGCCCGCUACUGCUCACCGAUGCACGCUGCCUGCCGGGCACGGAGGGUGGUGGCGUGUUCGCAGUGCGACCUGCGGGGGCACUGGUGGCGCUGGUGGCGGCUCCCCUCUGCUGGAAGGCCCACGAGUGGGUGGGCCUCACACUGCUCUGCGCUGCUGCCCCUCUCCUCCGCGCCGCCCGUGAUGCGCUCCGUUCCUUGCACCCCAACACGACUUCCCUGGCCGCACUUCUGCCCCCCGAGUUGGGCGCCCCGUGGGCCCUGCCACUCCAAGAUCCCGGACCCCUGUGGGCAGCCGCAGCCGUUCUGGUGGAGUAUGGCACCGUCUGGGGCUCUGGAGUGGUCGUGGCGCCCCGCCUCGUGGUGACCUGCCGGCAUGUGGCACCCCGCGAGAUGGCCAGAGUCCUGGUGCGCCCCACCACCCCCAAGAGCGCCAAGAUCUGGGGACACGUGGUGUUUGCCACUCGCGAGACAUCUCCAUACGACAUAGCAGUGGUGAGCCUGGAGAAAGAACUAGAAGGUGUCCACAUGCCUGUGCCCACUGAGCACUUCCACGAAGGUGAGACCGUCAGCGUGGUGGGCUUUGGCGUUUUUGGCCAGGCUUGUGGGCCCUCGGUGACCUCGGGCAUCCUGUCAGCUGUGGUGCAGGUGGAUGACACACCGGUGAUGCUGCAGACCACAUGUGCCGUGCAUGGUGGCUCCAGUGGGGGACCCCUCUUCUCUACCUCCUCAGGGGACCUCCUGGGCAUCGUUGCCAGCAAUACCCGGGACAAUAACACGGGGGCCACCUACCCGCACCUGAACUUCAGCAUUCCCAUCACGGUGCUCCAGCCGGCUCUGCAGCGCUACAGUCAGACUGGCGACCUGGGCGGCCUCCGAGAGCUGGACCAUGUCGCUGAGCCCGUGAGGGUGGUAUGGCGGCUGCAGCGGCCCCUGGCAGAGACCCCGAGGAGCAAGCUCUGAGUCUGUGUCACCCUCGGGAGAGAAGAGUAACCAUUUUAUGCCUGGGGAAUGCCAAGGUGAUGGCAACCUCAGGAUCCUGGCCUGGCAUGCCCCAGCUGGGCAGAGCCCCCAUCACCACCUGCCUUGUUUGGCCCUGGAUCAAACUCUAGCCCCGUGGGUCUCCAGGCCAGUGGCCCGUUUUGGGGUGCUUUCUUCAGCCCCCACCUCUCUGCCCCCUGGCACUAGACUCAGCUCUGUUACUCACCAGCUGGGGAGCCUGGCACAACAGUCCUGGUCCUGAUGACAGACACGUCUCGGGCAGGCAGGCCCAGCCCUGCUCUCGCGUCCCUUCCCUGUCACCCCAUGGCCUCUGGCCACCCUAGCGGUUGCUUCCCUGGGGCCUUGGCUCCUCUCACUCUCUGUCAGAAUGGGCGGCUGGCAGGGCCCUGGCACCCCCUCAGAAAACCUUGUCAGAGAGACCCCGCACUGAGGACCAGAGACAAAGGAAAGGGAGCUCGCUGUUAUUCCUGACCUAGGGGGAGGUAGAGUCCUCGGAAGUCAGGACUCCUGGGUCUUCAUAUGUCAGUUGUCACUCACUGACCUGCGGGGGCACUCUGACACAGUGCCUUACUUUUCCCAGCCCGUAUAAUGGGUCUCAGGAAUCUUGGCAGGGCUGGGGCUGGUGGUUAGAGCGUGUCUGGUUGGGGUUUGGGAAUAAACGGGACCUAUGGGAGGAACUCUUUACCUGUAUGUAUCACACUCUUUUUUUUUUUUUUUCCUUUUGGUUUGGAGAGUCCAGUUGG